AUGCUCAGCAUAUUGCCUUGGGCCUUGAUGGCUCUCGCUCCACUGGCAGAGGCCCGUUUUGGUAUCAGGCCAAGAUCAGCCGACGAUGAUUCGCUCCGAUGCUGCCCUUGUAUUCCAACGAACCUCAGCCCACAAGAUACGACAGUCACUAUUACGGCCACGAAUUCCAAAGAAACCGUGACAAUUGAUCACACAAUAGUUGUCCCUGCAACCACCGUCUUUGUCACCCAUACUCUCGCUCCUAGCUCGCCCGCCACUGUCACCCAAGAGGUCACAGUUCAUCCAGAGUUACCAGCCAAGAUAGAGACGGCGCUGGUUACCCUUUCCAGCCCAGAACCCUCAGCACAGAAUGAGCCUAUCAAGACAGUUACGAUGACGGUGCAGGCGGGAGGUGACCAAACCGAGUUGCCCAAGACCGUGACGGUGACAAUCAACCCAGACGAAACAACAUUUGUCAGUGCGACGGCCACUUCUGCUGUGACUAUCACCGUCACUCAACAGACGUCAGAUCACUCGUCAGCCGAGCCAUCACACUCGAGCAAUAGUCAGGAAGUCGGCGCAAACACUGUCACUGUCGCUAAUCCUCAAGCAUCUCAGACGGAGGAAUCAAAACCGAGCAUCAAAACUGUGACCGUUGUGCAGAAGCCACCUGCACCUAGCCCCAGCGUCGAGACAGUGACAUUUGUGGAAAGCCCAGCAGGCCCAAGCACCAUGACAGUAACACUUGCAAACAAUCCUUCAAAGGCAAUCUCUGCCAGCUCUACCACUGAGACAGUAACCUCUGUGGAGAACCCGGCAAGCUCAAGCACUGCAGCAGCCACUUCGGAGAGUAAUACAGCAAGCUCAUUCAUUGAGACGGUAACAUUUGUGGAAAACCCAGCAAGCCCAAGCACUGCGACGGUCACUCUCACAAGCAACUCUGCAGCGACCUCGGCAAGCAAUCCGUCAAACUCAACCGCCGAAACAGUAACAGUUGUGGAAAAUCCUGCCAGCCCAAGCACUGCGACUGUGACCCUCUCAAGCGGCUCUUCGAAGCCAACUACUUCAGACACAACCACCGAGACUGUACCCUUUGUAGAGAAUCCUCCAAAGCCAACCGCCACCCCGCUGGUGGUGUCCCCCAAGAGUUCAUCCAGUCUGAGUAUCCAGACGGCAACUUCUGUGGCCAAACCGGCAAAGAUCACAGCUCCACCGCAGGCCGGAACAAUCUCGCCCAUCGUUGGCCAAUUCACCACUAUGACCCAAACUGUUACCUCCUCCGGGGGAGACGUCAAUAUCGAAAUCAACAUCAUCAACAUCUUCACCGGAGAAGUCGUUUGUAGAAAGCAGGGCAGUGACGAGCCGUGUGACCCCAAGCCGUCACCCUGCUUGACAACUGGCAUCUUCACAUCGACGGCGACGGCAUUCAACACUGUCAUUGUGACUGUGAGCCCCGGUAUGUGGACAAAUGGAACAUCUGCAACUGGAGCUGCGCCACCACUUGGUACAGGUACCGGCAGCCCUGUGCUUCGAAGGGGUAGGGUGCCUAUGAUUAGGAAGCGACUGUAA